AUGAAGCAAGUUAAUAGUAUUCUUCGUCAAACCAGAGAAGAUCAUAAAUCGGCUGUUGUAGAAAGAAUCGAAACUGUUGGCCAAAUAGGAAAUCUUAAGGCUGUAGCAGCAUCAGAAAUUAAAGCUGUUUUAGAUUCAUAG